UCGAUAUCUAAACAAAUUUGGAAAGUUUUCAAUGCAAUAACCAGUUUAAUUAAUUUUCAAAUUACCGCUUAUUUGACAUAAGACAAGUCAUUAGUCAUAUGUUUCAUCCACUAUUGGCUAAUCUGAUUUUGGACAUGCGUAUUAUGACACAAUUCUUUUUGAGUUUGUGGCAGUUUAAAUUGACAUACCGUUUCUCGUUUAGCUUUUUUUUAAGGAGUCGCACCCAAGAAGUAAUUGUAUGUGUGUGAGAAUAUAAAAGUCUUUCCGUAUAUUGAAGAAAGUACUUUGUGCCCUUUGACAAAUUUUUAACGAUCGACGUGCUGAAAGUUUCGUACAAAUUUGUAUCUUCUGCAGGAAUAAAAAUUUACAAAAAAAUCUAUACAUGAGAAACUGUAACUUAUCCCAGGAUACAUAAAUAUUAAUUAUCUUGAUGACAUUUUUUUAAAAAAAUGAAUGAGCAUCUUGUUAGUGAAACAGCUACUCGAUGGUGUUCUGCACCAGGUUGUAUGAUGAAUAUAAAAAUAGCAAAACGACAUUACUUUAGAUUUCCCAAAGAAAGGAAAAGAUGGAUGGAAUGGAUAAAAGCUUGCAACAGAAUGGACUUAGUCAUGAUAGGUCCAGAAUAUGCUAAUCGAUACUACCGCUUGUGUCAUUUACAUUUUCGAGUAGAAAUGUUUAGAAAUAUAGAAGGAAGAAUUUAUUUAAAUAAGGAAGCUGUCCCAUCAAUAUUUUUAAAACCAUUACCAGUAAGCAACAAUGACGCAUCUACACAUUUAGUACAACCAAUCUCGUUUGUAACUAUAUUUUUAAGACCAGAAAGUAGAAAUAGCUUGUCCAAAGAUGUAUCAGAAGUAACAAAGGAAUUGGAGAUUUCUCAGACGCCAACAUCUGAUGAAAAAGAUACACCUAUAAUUUCAUCGCUACAAGCACUUUUUCCGAAAGCAUCUAUAAAGCAAGUCCAUGAGAAAAGAAAUAUGUCAACUACCCAGGCCACAGUGAUUGAAAUAAAGUCAGAGAGCAACGAUGAUAGAAAUAUCUCUGGCAAUUCAAUGGUAGAAACACGUGCUAUCACAGAUGUAUGUAAAGAUUCAGCAAUAUCAUCAUCAUGGAUAGUUUCGAAGGAAGACUGUAACAAUAUAUGUACGUCUGCGGGUCCUUCAUCGUCAACUACACUACAGAAUGCAACGUCGGUUCUUGCUAUAACAGAAAAUGAUAUCAAAACACCAACGAAAACACAUUGGCAUGUUUCGACCCAGACGCCGUCAAUCGAUUUCUUAGUCGGGAAAAGACGAAUGGAAGAACCUGAAAUUCAUAUCGACACUCCAGUCACAAAGCGAAAGAAAGAAGUAUUGUCUACGGAAAACGAAGACUAUCGCGCGAACAUGAGUAGAUUCAAAGCGACGUGCACCGAUUUAUUGCCGCGCAAUUCUGCCCUGUUGGUCUCCGCAUGUAUUGAUGCUCGCGAGAGAGGCAAGGCUAUGCGGCACAACUUCGAGGGUAAGCAAUUCGCGCUUGAGUUAUUUCUCAUGGCACCAGCAGCAUAUCGAUUUUAUCGGCCGUUAUGUCUGUUGCCUACUGUGCGCCAAUUGUGGCGGCAUGUCCGGGAUUGGGACAUACCGACUGGUAUUAGCGACAACGUGUUGAAUGCGUUACACUUGAAGAUGAAGUCGUUGCCACCGGUGGAGAGACGCUGCUGUCUGUGUGUGAAUCAGAUGCUGCUGCGCUCGCAUCUUUUCUACAAUCUAUCGCGCGACAGGAUCAUCGGUUUCGACGACACUGGCUCGAAAAAGCGACGUACACUCGCGAAGAAGGCUCUAGUGAUGAUAGUGCGUAGCUUAGCCGGCGAUUGGGAACAACCGAUUGCUUACUACUUUCAGGAGGACACGUGUAAUGUCAACAUCGUGAAGAAUCUGAUAUUUCUCGCGAUAACAAAGCUAAAGUCUAUCGGUGUGACCGUACAUGCCUUGGUCACCGGUAUGGCGCCGAUCUUCCUACAUCUUUCGCGACGACUAGGAAUCUUCGCGGAGCAUCCGUCGUUCUUAGUGGAUGGCGAGAGGGUGUUCUAUGUGUUUGACGUCGGUCGUCUGAUAAGAGCGACAAGGAACAUUCUUAUGAAGCAUGAGUUACAUUUUCGGGAAAAGAGAGCCUCGUGGGUGGACAUUGAGCUAUUCUUUAGAAGCGACAACCAGAUGCGAUUGCCACUGGUCCCUAAACUAUCCGUGGCUCACCUCGAGCCCAACAAAUACCAGAAGACAGAGACCAAAUAUGCCGUUCAAGUGUUCAGCAGCACAUUAGCCGCAGGAUUAAGCGCGUACACUGUUUCCGGCGGGUUUCCGCUGAAAGCGAUCGGCACUGUGGAAUUGUUGCGCAAUUUCGAUCAGCUGUUUGACAUCUUAAACUCCUCCACACCCACUAAGUCUAACAGCAAGGAUUUCAGCCAGGCAUUCACGGGCAGCACACACGAGAUGUGUUUUCUGCAACGAAUGCUCGAUUUCCUCAAGUCGAUCCGGGUGAUCGACAAGAACAGCGGGUGUGUGAAAUCGACCGGUUGCUUCAAUCGUUGGCAGAUCACGAUCAACGCUGUUAUGCAACUGUGGAGCGUUCUGCGGGACCAUCAGCUUCCCUUUCUCCGCACGAGACAACUGAAUCAGGAGUGCGUCGAACGCAUUUUCCGCUCCAUUAGACGACAGAGUGGAAAUCGCGUCUUGCCUACGCCCAUUCUGUUUACUCGCGCGUUCAAGAACCUCGUCAGCAAGCACCUGCUCGAGCACUCGUGCAACGAGGACCUCGCCGGGAAAGCACGCCGAAUGCUCAAGCGGAUAGCAACUUCGUCGCCGUCUACGCUGUCGUCUUCAUCACGGACCAGCCAGCAGACCCUAGCACCUGCCAUCCAGAUAGCUUUAUACGUCACCUCGACCAAUUAUCGCAACAUCGAUCCACGACCGCCUGAGAAAGUCGCGCUCAAGCACGUGUGCGAGUACCUGCUCGACGAGUGCUCGCGCGCACACAAUUGCGAUGUGUGCAUUGCCUAUGUCAGGGAGGCGAAAGAAUUUCCUGAAGGCGCGCCGAACUCCUUCAGCGCUUACGUUUACGCUCUCGAGAACGUGUUCAUGAGCAACUUCGCGGACCUCGCCACUGAGGAGAAUCUCGGUACGCGUAUACUACAACUCGUACAGGAAGUCAAUUAUAAACCUCCCUGUCCGGAAUUCCCGGUCAGCCUGCUGCUUAAAUUGUACCUGCGCAUAAGAAUAUACAUUACGCUAUCGCGCCAUAACAAAAUCUGUAAGGAAGGCGCGGAAUCGUGCAAGGUGUUGAGCGUGGCACAAUUAUAAGUCGUUCGAUUUUAUCGAGAUAUGUUACUUGUGCCUGUUUGUUUCUAAUACGUUUAUUAUAUUUGCACAUUUUUAUUGCGUACUUCAUUUUUUACUGCGUUAUAUCUGUUCACUUUUAUCGAUGAUUAGUGUUUUAUUUUGUUUGCUAGUUUCAGUGCAUAUUGUUUUAUGCGCGACAUAUGUUUCAAAGUUUAUAAUAAUAUGACAUUAAUAGUUUACAUUGAAUAAUCGAGCGAAUUUCUCAAAUUCAGCUGGUGAUCAAAGAAAGGUUCUUUUUUUUCGUUUUACGCGAGUAAUGUAUGGAAACUCGCAUAUAUAAAUUCUUACUAAAAGUGAUAAUCCAUCGGAUACGAUUUACAUAUUCCCAGCUAUAAUAGUGCAAUUACAUUCUUUUGAUAUCCUUACA